AUGGCCGGGAAAUCGGGGCAGGAAGGCAAGGACAAAUCGACGAGAAAAGGGAAGCUACCUGUAAAGCCUACUCGAGGCAUUUCACGGCAGCAUGUCCCGAGCCCUUGGCUAAGAAAUUCUGCAUCCGUGUCCCUUGAGCAGGAUGUUUCACCACCGUUGACGGCGGAAUAUAAGGGUCUCGAUGGGGAGGAAGAGGCAGACCCUCAUGACAGGGAAAUGGACAAGGACUACAUCCCCGUCGGUCCUGGACCAAUGCCGCGAGUGCCAAAGCUUCUCAAAGGUCCCCGGAAACGGCCCGCCAAGCGGCGUCCAUCACAACCUGUCCCCGGGGAUGCGGCAGAGACUUCGGUCAUCUCAGAUGCCGAAGAUACCCCAUUCCCCACGCGCUCCACGCCCCGGAAAGAGCUGGUACCAGCUCCUCUACCACCGGCUGCUCGACCGUCAAGGCCUGUCGCGGAAGCGAACCCAGAUAUCUGGAACAUCGACCCGCAAAGCAUAGCCAUACGCGGGAGACGCGCAUUUCCCGCUCGCCCAGGCAGCGUCUACUGCGAAGUCUGCUUCCGGGACGAGGUUGCUCGGUGGGUCAGGUUCCGAGACAACAUAGUCAAGAUCCUGCACUUGUUGGGAGGUGACUCCGCGCUACAGGAGAUGUGUGACCUGUGGCAGGAAGUUAAAGACGCUGAGAAAGGUGUGAUCCACGAGGAGGUGGUGCGGCAGACCGAAAACGGUUCAAGAAGAAGGCUAAGGAGCCCGCCGCCACCUCCAGAGCGCGUGCCGGCUGCUGGUGUUACGUCUGACGAGGGCGACCGCCCAGUUGGCAAACAAGCUCAGCCAGAAGGGGGCAGGAUAUCGGCCAAGAAAUUCAUCAUUGUGUCCGAUCAUGCCCCGCCCACGGCAGCUCCCCAUUUCUACGAGUACCCGUCUGAUGUUGUUGGACUUGUGCUGCUUCGCGUCUUGACUGAGCGGCCCAGGUCGAACCUCAACGAGGCGCAGAGGAAGGAGGUAAAGGAUCUCCUGGCUAAUUCGCGGGAAGAGAUCGGGAUGGAUGUCAAGCUCUUCGACAACCUGACGUCGUACUGUAAAUGGGUACUCGUGCACGGGAGAACGACACAGCCGAAAGCUGAUAUCUCGGGGCAAUCGGACCCUCAUCGAUGGUGGUGGGAGUUUGACGACACACUGCAGCUUGCCUACCAAGGGCUCCCAACCGCGCCGCAAUCGCCAUCCUUCUUCGCGGAAGCCUUGGCGAGGAAGGCUGGAGACGCCGCCAUCGCCAGACCGACCGCAAGGGAGGCUGCCACGGCUCGUGACGGCGCACCACUACAACACGGAACCGAGCGUCUCGCUCAACUCCAGAAGACGCUUGGGAUGGCUAUGCCGGACAAGCUCUUCCUGAAAUCCAUCGGCGACCGAAUCGCGCAAGCCAAAUCGGACAUAGAGAACAGCAUCCAAACAACCACCAUUGACAAUAAAAGCAACAACAACAACAACAACAACAACAACAACAACAACAACAACAACAACAACAACAAGCGCCCUAGCCCUCCGGAAAACCAAGACGCAUCCCACCUUCCACGCCGCAAACGUCUCAAACCCAACAAUCACUCUUCUUCUUCUUCUGGGGCUGCAAGAACAGCAGCAACUCCCCAACCCCGCAACGCGCCCAACAACAAACCUCUCCUUCACCUCCCCUGCCAGAACUGCGCCGAAUCCCUCGCCUUCCACCACUACCGCCGGUGCCGCCCUUACUCUGCCACAUACGACGACGACGACGACAACGACGGCGAAGGAGGGGGAGGCAAGCCGUGGAUCAAGCCGCUGAUGUGGACGUUCCACCUCGAUCGGGAGGCUGCCGCACGCCGCGUGAGGUCGGUGGACGAGUUUGUUGCCUUUGUGGAGGCGGCCGAUGUCGGUGGUAGUGGUAGUGGUAGCGGGAUUGGGCCUACUACUAGUAGUAGUACUACCAGUGCUGUGGGAGACCGGUCACAAUCCGAACUCAGGGGGCGGCAAGGAGAAGGGGAGGUGCCGGGCAUGAUGAUGAUGAAGGUCAUGGUGGAUAUCACUGCUGGCGAGACCAGGGUGGUAAUAGUUGAAAUGAUAAAGGGGUUUUUUGAUGUUCUCUGUGGCCGGAUCGGUCAAGACACGGGCCCUACGGGUAGUGGCCCUGGUGAUGGUGAAGGUGAGGAAGGGAGCAGAAGUAAGAGGAAAGUGCGGUUUGAGCCAGGCCCGGUUGUGAUGCGGCGUGUUGGGCCGGCCAGGCCGGUGGGGAUGUGGGAGACGUGGAGGAGCGGGCGGCUAGAGGGCUACCGGUUGAUCUGA